AUGGCCGCACACGCCGAAAAGAUCGAGACAGACGUCGUGAUAUGUGGCAGCGGGUCCGCGGGCAUCUGCGCAGCCGUAUGGCUUGCCCAAGCAGGCAUCGACUUUCACAUCCUCGAACAGAGAUCCGGACCCCUGGCUGCUGGACAAGCAGAUGGAGUGCAAUGUCGCACGGUCGAGAUCUUUGACAGCAUGGGCAUCGCAGAGGAACUGCUUCGUGAAUCUUACCAUGUGAACGAGCUCACGUUCUGGUCCAUGGACGAGAAGUUGGGCCGGAUAAAACGAACCUCUAGGGCCCCAGACACUCCGGUGGGCAUCUCGCACCAGCCUCACGUUAUCCUGAAUCAGGCAAGAAUCAACGGGCUAUUGCUCAGUAAGAUGCACGCUUUCGCACCUGAUCAACAGAUUGAUUAUGACCAUACGGUUACGAACGUUGUUGCCGGCGACGCCUCAAGUCCGGUCGAGGUCCAUGCCACGCAUCAAGGCCACGCGAAAGUGUUCAAGGCCAAGUAUGUCAUUGGCUGCGAUGGAGCCCAUAGUAAGGUGCGCCGGUCCUUGGGUAUCGCUAUGGAGGGCGACUCUACCGAUGCAAUCUGGGGAGUGAUGGACUCGAUACCUCGCACAGACUUCCCCGACAUACGCCGCAAGGUGACAUUACACACGCCCCAUGGAGCAACAGUCAUCAUCCCAAGGGAGGGCGGACGUAUGGCUCGUUUUUAUCUGCAAGUCCCCCCUGGAACGAACCGUGAGGCUGUGACCCUCGAGUCACUGCAAGCCCUAGCCAAGUCCAUCUUCCAAGGCUACCAGAUGGAUUUCGCUGAAACGAUGUGGUUUUCUGCCUAUCCUAUCGGCCAACGACUGGCGUCAAGCUUCAGCGCCGCAGACGGCCGUAUCUUCCUCGCCGGCGACGCAUGCCACACUCAUUCGCCGAAGGCCGGCCAAGGUAUGAACGUCAGUUUGCAAGACGGUCACAACAUUGGGUGGAAGCUCGCUCAAGUACUGCGCGGUAGGGCACCUGCUGAGCUCAUGACCACAUAUGUUCUGGAACGGCAGAAGGUCGCCUCGGACCUCAUAGCGUUCGACAAGAUGCUCACAGCCCUCUAUCACGAUGCUGAACACGAUCCUACCGCCGCCCAACGGUUUCAAGAAGCCUUCCUGAAGAGUGCAAGAUACAUGGCGGGUUUCACCGGAACUUACCAGGACUCCAUGGUCACUAGUAUGAGUCGGAGCAAUCAGGCACUGGCGAAGAGCAUUGCAGUCGGUAUGAGACUCCCAAACGCUCGGGUCGUUCGUCACUGUGACGCAUUGUCGAUGGAUUUUCAAAAAGCAUUCCCUGCGGACAACAGGUGGCGGAUCGUCGUCUUCAUUGGGGAUUUGCAGCAACCGCAAAGCUCCGCAAAACUGCUGAAGGUCGCGGACUUUCUGACUUCCAGUACAGGUCCGAUUCCUGGGAGCGCUUCAGAACAUGGCGACCCUGACGAAUUCAUUGAAACUCUAUUGGUGAUUGCUGGUAACAUAACCAAGGUCGAGAUACAAGAUCUUCCUGAAGUGUUCCGACCUGUGACUGGAAAAUAUAAGAUUCACGACCUGUACAAAGUAUACGUUGAUGAUUUCGGCUGCGAUGACCGCCAUGGUCAAGCAUACGAAGCAUACGGCAUUUCUCCCGAAGAAGGAGCUGUCGUCGUUGUACGACCUGAUCAAUAUGUAUCGUCAGUAACAAGUCUGGAGGAUCAUCAAACCAUCAGCGACUUCUUUUCGGGGCUGUCUGUCAGGGAGUAG